AUGAAAUCAUCGGACCAGCAAUUUUUUAAUGACCUUGAUCUUAAUCAAUCGAUCAUAUUUUCAAUAAUCGUUUCGAAUAAACAAUUCUCCUCCGAUCAUAUUGCUUGUUGGGUACCAGGACAUUUCACACGUUCCUACGAAGUCUAUUCGAACAAUAUCUGUUGGGUAUCUAAUACAUAUUAUGUUGCCGCAGCGGAAACCCUACCUCUAGACGAAACGAAGAAAAAGACUCGUGUUGUCAAGUAUUACCAGUGGACACCAUUCAUCCUCCUCUUUCAAGCUGUCCUCUUUUAUAUGCCACGAAUGUUGUGGCGUUCUUUAUCAGCUAAAUCAGGUAUUAAUAUAGUUAAUUUAGUCGAUGCUGCAUUAAAUUAUCAAACAGCAGAUCGUUUUGAAGACCGAAAUAAGAUUAUGACUUAUUUAACUCGAUCGAUUGAUCAAUAUGUCUACAUGCGUAAAAGAAAACGCAAACGUUUCGAUUUCAUACGUCGAUUUCUCGCAUUUAUGCUCUGCGUACCUGGCCGUCGAAUGGGUUCCUAUUUGUUAAUUCUUUUUUUCGUCACCAAACUUCUAUUUAUUGUCAAUUCUAUUGGACAAUUAUUUUUGUUAAAUAUCUUCUUGGGUCACAAUUUUGCUUCAUACGGUGUUGAAUUAAUUAAGAAAAUUCUUAACGGAGAAGAACUUACAGAAUCAAUUUAUUUUCCACGUGUAACCAUCUGUGAAUUUGCCGUACGUAAUAUACAAAAUGUCCAUGUCCAUACAGUGCAAUGUGUAUUACCAAUAAACUUGUUCAAUGAAAAAGCAUUUUUAUUCAUUUGGUUUUGGUUAGCUUUUUUAACCGUGUGUAAUACCUAUGAUUUAUUAGCAUGGUUUGUUCGUUCAUUUGGUCGUGUACGAUAUGCUUACAUAAAGAAACGUCUUGAAUUAAUGCAAAGUGACACACAUCUACGACGUAUGCCCGCCAAAGAAUUCAUUCAUCGUUAUUUACAACACGAUGGCGUCCUAAUCCUUCGACUUCUGGCGUAUAAUUCAAGUGAUCUUGUUGUUACGGAACUAAUUCAACAACUGUGGCAAUUUUAUAAACGUGUGGGAAGUGGUGGCGUUGGCGGCGCAGGUUCAACAACAGGAUCAGGGGUUUCAUCAGCAGUUAUCCAAUCCUCAUCACGAGGUGGACCAGCAGGGGGAAGGCAGGUGAGUACACGCCUGUUCGACUCCAAUGUUGGUCGAGAUGAUAUCUAA